GGCGGUGAUACUCAUCUUUACCUCAGUUAUCAACCAACAUUCAACAGAGGAAGACAAAUUACAAACCCAAUGGACUUUCAAAGCAUGGAUGUUUUAUUCGCUAAUCUUCUCAAAUAAGUAUUCAUUAUUAUUACCGUAUUACAUGCUAUUUACUACGCGUAUUUAGGUAAUUACUGUAGCCAAAAAGCAGCGCAUUGAACUACGUGUCACCUUGAAUGUUCAUACUCCGAAUUGUCAACAUUAUCGCGCGUAAAGGAGCUAAAAGCCUAUUUUUCCAUGUAUUGUAAACCACAAAUGUUGGUUAUUUAUGAAUUAUAUAGGCUUGUACUUGUAUUAUAGGAUUAUAGCAGUUUGAAAGGUAUCGUAAUAAAAUAGUAGCAGAGUUAGAAUGGGUGUAGUGCUGCGUAAUCUCCAAAAGGUGGUGCCAAUUCGUCGUGCCAGGCUGCGUAAAGACGUGGACAUGCUCCGCCACAUACUUGGGAUCCAAAAAUUUGAUCUUGGCAUCAUUUGUGUGGACAACCAGCGAAUACAGCAAAUCAACAGCCUAUACAGGAAGAAAAAUGUGCCUACUGAUGUCCUAUCGUUUCCCUUUUACGAGGAUAUCCGACCGGGUAAACUCCCCUGCCCCCUACACAGAGACGAGCUGAAUUUGGGAGAUAUUUUUCUUGGAGUCGAGUUUGUGAUGAAACAAUGUCAAGAAGAGUCCUUAGAUUUCCAUGGCGCUCUUACCGCAGUCACGGCUCAUGGCAUCUGUCACCUGUUGGGUUAUCGACAUGAAACUGAUGAAGAGUGGGCGGAGAUGUCUCAAAGGGAGCAGUACAUUUUGAGUGAGUUUAACAGGCUUACAGGGCGCCGCCUAGAGCCCAUGAUGAAGAAGUGCAGCCAGGACUCGAGAUGAAGAACACAGACUACAACUAACGCUGCUCUCAAGGCCUCUCGGAAUUCAGACUUCAGGUUUUCGAAAUUCUGAGAACGCAUCAUAAGCCUAAUUGUUAGCUUGUGUGAAAAUGCACCCCUGUUCAAAUCCAAUCCACCACUACAACAAACAUGGUCCAGUAGAUUUUUUUUUUUUAACAAAGAUAUUUACAGUUAUUUUAUAUUAAGUAAACAAAAUCUACUUGGGCUUCUUUCUAGAGAAGUAGUUUUUCAAAAAUGUACGAAGUUUGUUGUUUUUAAAAUGUUUUUAAAAAGAAACCAGAACUGAUCAAAGACUGACCAAGGACUAAACCAGGACUAAACCAAGGACUAAAUCAGGACCAAACCAGGACUACACCAGGACUAAAAGCACCAAACCAAGACUAAACCAGGACUAACCCAAGGACUAAACCAGGACUAAACCAGGACUAAAGUAGGACUAAACCAGGCCUAAACCAGGACUGAACCAAGGACUAAACCAGGACUAAACCAGGACUAAAGUAGGACUAAACCAGGCCUAAACCAGGACUGAACCAAGGACUUAACCAGGACUAAACCAGGACUAAAGUAGGACUAAACCAGGACUAAACCAGGACUGAACCAAGGACUUAACCAGGACCAAACCAGGAUUGAACCAGGACUUAAUGACUAGGGCUGCUUGAUUAUGGAAAAAAUAAUUUUCACGAUUAUUUUGGUCAACACUGAAAUCACGAUUAUUCAAAUGAUUAUGUAUUUAUUUAUUCAGCAUUUCUCUCAAAAAAACCCCAAAACAUUUCAUUAUUGAUCAUUUAUGCAAAACUUUCAAAUUGAAAAUAAAUAUAGGCUACAAAUAUGUGCCUUUGAUUGCAGUUUUGCGAUGUAUAGAACAUAAAAUGAAUAAAAUAUAUUUUGAACAUGAAAUAAGGUAUAGUAAAACAUAAAUGUAUCCAAAAUAAACUAUAUAUAUCCAGCUAUUCUACAAUCUCUAUAUUAAAAAAAAAAAGAACUUAUUUAUAUAAAAAAUAUUCCAAAAUAAACUUUGUUAAGCUUUAUCGUUUCAACUCGAAUAUAUGAGUUUGGAGAUCGUUUGACACACAAAUCGAAAUUGCGAUCAAAAUUCAAUUAAUUGCACAGACUUAAUAAUGACUGCGACUACUUCUGAACUGGUUACCAAAAGACAACUGUUUUUAGUUUAGUUUUUUUUUUUUUUGUAUUUUUUAAUGGCGGUACCCUCAAUCUCCAAUUUAUGUAAGCAAAACAAACUAUCGCGUCUACCUGUAUUACUAGAGUCACUGCUAAAACCAUCAUACUACUACCAGUACUACUACUACUACAACAACUACGCUGACCAGUACUAUGUUAAAAACAGUACAAGCUAUGGGUGCCAGUUUCACACAGGUUACAUUGUUUACGUUUCCUGAUGGUGCUUGACUAAAUGUAAACUACUGUGAUAAUCCAGAUGAACUGCCUUUAAUCCACCACAAUGUUUGCACUUGUUCAAGGUCCUAUGUUUUGCCGUUAAGCUUUUUUUUUGUUUUUUUUUAAACCAUGUUAUGACGUUUUGAUUUUAAGUCACUCACAAAUGUUUCGGUAAUCCUGUAUAUUCCAUAUCCCUCUUCAAAUGUGAAACACUUAGACUUUAUGACGUCACUAGGUGUUAAUCUAGGCCAUACAUAUUCAUAACAAAAUUUAAAGUGCAUAUGAAAGGUUACACUUCUUCUAAUUUCACAAAAAACAUAUUUAAAAUUUAACAUGAAAUCUGUUUUUCUUUUAAUUUUGUUUGAAGUUUAUAAUUUUACAGCACGCAUAGCAUAUGUAGAGGUAAUUCUAUAACUGUUACCUAGCAACCGUAAUGUCACCAAGGGCUACAACUAGUGUAAAUUACACAAUAUUUAAUGAAUAAUAAUAAUAAUAAAAAAACAUCUUUAUUUUGUUAAUUGAAUGUUUAAACUGCCACAGAACUGCUUUUUUUUACUUCUUGUAUUGUACUUUUCCCCCACAAAAUUACACUUGAAUUAAAACUAUGAGAAAUUUUGACCACAGGUACUGUCCCACUAAAAAAAAAAGUAAUUAUUAGAAAAAUAUGAAAGCCUCUCAUAUGCACUUUAAAAUACCAAUGCUUUAAUACUAUCAAGAUGUGGCCAAAAAGGCUGUAAAAUGCACAAUAUGGGACCUUAAAUCAGCUGUAGAGAAUGAAAAUACCUCACGAUGAUAAUGUUGCGUAAUUUCACUUUAUCUGACACAUGAUUGCUGCAUUUCAACAAAACAAAAGUACUAUUUGGGGAACAGUUGUAUUACUUUAAGUGCACAAUGUACGAUUUUGAUGUCUGCGUCUCCUGAGAAAUCUGUAAUAUCGACAAUAAAAUAUAUUUUUUCUGUGCCGUUGAUGAGUAAUAAAACAAAA